AUGGAAAUAAUUGAUUUAUAUUCAAUUGUUAAUUCUGGUUUAUAUUUAUUUGUUAAAAAUCUUAAAAAUGUAUAUUCACUUUGUCGAAUUGAAUCAAUUCGUCAUAAAUCUUCACCUGUUGUUUUAUUUGAUAAACUUCCAUGUUUACCAAAAUCUAUUUCAUUUGAUAAAAAAGGUGAAUUAUGUGUUUUUGUAAAUGUUGAUGGAACAAUAAUAUACAUUUUAAAUAUAAUUAAUAAUCAAAUUAAAAAUAUGUUAAUAACAAAACAAAAUUUAUCAUAUCAUGAUAAAAUAACAUGUGCACAAAUUCAUCCAAAUGAAGAAACAGUUGCAUUAGGAACACAAUCUGGUCGAAUUGCUCUUUGGUAUAAUUUUAUAAAUUCAACAAAUAAAGAACCAACAGUAUCAUAUUUACAUUGGCAUUCAUUACCUGUUAUUUGUUUAGCAUUUUCAUUUGAUGGUUCAUAUUUAUUAUCUGGUGGUCAUGAAUGUGUACUUGUUAAAUGGCUUUAUAGAAAAAGUGAGCCAACAUUUCGACCACGACUUGGUGCACCUAUUAUUCAUGUUACUUCGUCAAAUGAUCAAACAUUUUAUGUAUCAACUCAUUCAGAUAAUUCUCUUCAUUUAAUUGGAAGUAAUUUAUCAAUUCAACAAACCAUCGGUGGAAUUAAUCAUAUGUUUAUUCCUCAACAGGCUUCAUUACCUGCUGGUAAAAAAAACACAAAAUUUUCAUUGUAUUUUAUUUUUAUUAUUAUAAAAGACUUGUAUAAGUCUAUUAUUGACUGAGAUAAGAAUAUAAUUAAAGAAGUUCUUAGGAAGUCAUUGAUUGUUUUUUAUAAAUUCAAUUGAUUGUUUCUCCUUGCACACAAGAAUAAGCUGCUUUAUCGAGUAUGAUUAAUAAUAGAAAUCUUUCAUGAAAAUAUUCUAUUAUUUUCAUAAUUUUUUCAGACUUUUUAACUGUUAAACAUCUACCAAUAAUGUUUAUUUCAUUUGUUUCUUUUUUGAAAUUUUUCAUGUGAAAAACGUUAAAAU